UAAUAAUCUACACCUCACAAUUACAAUUUCAAGUUGUAUGUGAAAGACUUUAGUCUCUUUCUGAUUCUUGGACUGUUGAUUGGCAAUUAUUAGUACAGCUCCCCUAUAAUGUAGACGUUAGUUAGUUGCUGACUACGUAGAGGUUUCUGCUGUUGUUGACUAUGGCUGCCGUCUGUGUUGCAGUAAUUUCUAAAGAAAAUCAGCCUCUAUUUCUCCGAACGGCCAAGGAUGACCCGGAGCUUCAGUUCCAUUACUAUGUGCACACGUCGCUGGAUGUGAUAGAUGAGAAAGUGGGGGCACCGCCUGGUCGGGCCAAUGAACAGAGGGAGAUGUAUUUAGGUAUACUGUACCCGACGGAAGACUACAAGAUCUAUGGCUACGUCACCAAUACUAAGGUCAAGUUCAUCGUCAUCGUGGACAACACGAACAGUAUGAACAAAGACAGCGAAAUCAAGCAGGUGUUCCGCACCCUGCACACAGCGUACUGCGAGAACCUCCUCAAUCCGUUCUACGCGCCGGGCGAAUCCAUCGUCUCACGAACGUUCAACAAGACCAUUGACAGUCUCUUGCAGCCAUCUUGAAAACACUGAGCAACAAUGUCACUGAUGGCUGUCUACUCUUCGUGAGUAUGCCUAUACCUUCUACCAGCAACACCAGCUGUUUGGUAGGGGAGUUCAGGCGAGGCACCUUGCUGAAACCUGAAUAGUAUUCAACAGUACGUAUCUGAACAGAAUGUUUUCCUCUAGUCACAUGGCGAACUGACAGUUUUCGCCAGUCUGUGUGCUGGCUGUCAUGAAUCUUGGAUGCACGACGUUUGUGCUCUCUCUCUCUCUCUCUCUCUCUCUCUCUCUCUCUCUCUCUCUCUCUCUCUCUCUCUCUCUCUCUCUCUCUCUCUCUCUCUCUCUCUCUCUCUCUCUCUCUCUCUCUCUCUCUCUCUCUCUCUCUCUCUCUCUCUUUUCUAUCUGCAAGUUAUUUUUUUACAUAGAAGGUCUGUACAUAUCUGUACCAUAUUCGUCCAUAGCCCCUUAUUUUUAAUGCAGGUUGCCUUUUUUUAUACUUUGAUGUAGCUACUCGUGAUUUGCAAGGGCCCGCUGACUUCUGUAACUCUACUCCAGCUAAGGAUAAUGUGUCGUAUGCUAGUCUAUGUACAAAUACUCAGCAUUGCCGUCCAGUGCGCUAUUGCUCCCGACAUAGUGGGCGAGCGCUUCUCAGCGCUCAAUUCGCUCGUAUUCGUACAAGUA